AUGUUCAAACCGUUUGAUCCAAUUGCACUAGGAAACAGUUUCCUCUUAUCAACGAACGAUGAAGACACUACAGAAUUGGAUAUAAGCACCACCGUUAAGAAACUUGAGUUUGAUCUCCAAGAAUGUGAAAAACGUAUUGGCAAAGUGUCGACCAAGAACUCUGAAGUGUUGCUUGAUAACUUUGAUAGAGUGGCCGAUGUGCAAGACCUUAUGGAGACACAGUUGAGCCCCUCUCUUCAAAGAGUCAACCAAUCAAUCGCACGCGUGGAGGAUCAAAUCAUUCAACCGUAUAAUGAUUCAGUUAAGUUAAACACCGCUUUAAAGAAUCUUCAUCAGACUUUAGACUUGCUACGGAACUCAAGGUUUGUGGUGAGUUUGGUCCAGCAACUUCAAAAGUUCGAUAUAGGUGAUGACAUAGAUUACAUCAAGUAUCUGAAAAUAUAUCAGUACUUGCACAGAAUAUACCAAGACCCUUCAAGUUCCAGUCUACUUUCGGUCAAAUUGGUCAGAGACUACUACCCGAUAUUCACGAGUAAAUACGCGGACAUGAAAUCCAAACUCAUCACCUUGAUCUCCCAUGAAGGUAACACCAAAGUCUACGUCGUAGCCUUGUACAACGUUCUAGACGAUGGUUCAGACAACCAAGAGUUCUAUAAGCAAGUGGACACGUUGUUGAUCAAUAAGAAUAUCCAACAGAACCUCAAUAGGUUGACCAAGUCUCUAACCACUCCUAGAACCUUUGGCAUGGUCGUACAAGAAGUCAACAAGAACGCUACAGGAUUCAUAUCCAACUUAAAGUUGACUCUUGCAAACUGCCAGGUAGUUAAAGAUGGAGACUCUACAACCCUAUUGGAUUUGUGUGUCAAAUACUUCAACGCAACAGAUUUUGAAUCUUUGUACUGGACAAGAUUAACGGUACGAUUUAAAAAGAAUAUCGAUUCAACGGUGUCUCGUGGAGGUCCCAUUGCUAAAAACUUGAAGGUUUACCGAGAGAACUUGAAUAAGGCUGUUGACGAUACCUUUUCUAAUGAUCAAGUUAAUUCUAUGUUCUCCGAAGCCAUCAUGAGAAUACGAUAA